AAGCUCAAAACUGAUUAUGCUUCACAAUCUAGUUUUAACUCUGAAAAUUUUGUGCAUCGAAUUGAUUUCCCUAAAUUCAGUGGUGACAAUCCUAGAGGAUGGAUUCUUAAAUGCAACACAUAUUUUAAGUUGACUGCUGCCAUAUCUGAUGAAAAUAUGGUUCAACUUGUUGUUCAUAACUUUGAGGGGAAAGCAUUACAGUGGUUACAGAAUUUUGGUUGUGAGAAUCUCUUCUCUCUUAGCUGGGAGCAGUUUAUGGAUGUUGUAGCUACGAGGUUUGAGGACUUGAAUGAGGGAAGGAUUGUUAUGGAGUUUAAAAACCUCAAGCAACAUGGUACCUAUGAUGAGUAUGUGGAGAAGUUUGAAGAGUUGAGGGCUUGUCUCUUACUUAGUAACAACAUGAACUACUCUGAAGAGUAUUUCAUGGCCACUUUUAUCAGUGGACUUUCUGAAGAAAUGCAAAGGUUCAUGCUAUUGUUUAAGCCUAAGACUUUGAGUGAGGCAAUAGAUAUGGGGCAUAAACAAAUUUCAACACUUGAGGCUAUAGCUAAAAGGGUGAAACCUCCUCCUAGGAAUUUCCAGAACCAAUGAUUGGGGUGUAAAAGGCCAGAGGAAGGAACACCUACCAAGCCGAGUGUACCAAGCAACAAUAGAACUCCUAUCAAAAUACUCACUCCAACUGAAAUGGCAGUCAGGAAGGAGAAAGGGUUAUGUUUCAAUUGGGAUGAAAAGUUUUUUGUGGGACACAAGUGCAAAAACAGGUUAUUUUAUAUGGAGAUGACUGAGGCACAAGAACUAGCCUACUUACAACAUGAGGAAGAUACUAUGGAGCUAAUCUUAGAUGAAAAAGAACCUAUGGAAGAAGUGCAAAUCAAUAUGCACUCUAUGUUUCUCACUCGAAGCAUCUACAAGUGUUGGAAGUCUGGGCUUAGGCUCGAGUGCAGGAGAUGGCACAUGGCGACUCAUGUCUUCUCAAGUCUCUUCGAGCUCUAUAAUAAAGCAAAAAUAUGAUUCACAGUUGCUCGGCCCAUCCUCCACUCAACAAAACAUACCUCACAGAUUUGAGCCUAUCUUACAGCAAAGGCAGCACUGCUUUUUGGGUAGUGAGAUUGGUUCCCCAGUCCUUGCAAAGCAGGAACAACAACAUCCUAUUCAUCCUUUCUUUAGUGAGUGGCCCACGACUAAGGAAUCGUGGUCCACUCUCGAUGAUGAUGAUGGUUUCAGCAAAAACUUCUUCUCCUCUACCCAGCUGUCCAUAUCAAUUCCGAGGGCGUCUACCAAUUUUUCUUCGAGUGGGUACUCCACACAGGAUGCUUGAAGGAGGAAGAGCUUGACUAUUACGACACCAUUUUGUGGCUGUUGCACGCCGCUUGAUUGAGGGUGUGUUUCGAGGAUUUGUUUGCUUGUAUGAGAUUCAUGUUGUCGACUUGAUAUUAGCUCAUUCUCUUAGGCUACUCGGUAUGUUUUAAAAUCAGAUUGCUUGCUCGAAUUCGGCUUCCUGAAUAAGUUUAUUGUUAGCCUCUUCUGUCUUGGUUAGAACUAAUGGCCCUAAUAAAAAGUUUCGUGUUAGGUUUAUACUGCUA